AUGGCUGCAACAACCCAGACUGUUAACAUCCUUCCACCGACGCUAACCUUGCGAGGACCUCGGAUUAUUCUUCGAACCCAUGAAGUCCAAGACUAUCCUGUUAUACGCGAUUUUCUCUCGGACCCAACAACAAUGACAUAUCUACCCGGUCUCUUGAAAGAGUGGACCCUUGAAGAAGUCACUGAACGACAAGAAUCACGCGUGGCGGACCAGAAAAAAGGAUUGGGGCUCCCGCUUAGUGUUAUCCUUCCGGGAGACGAGGAAACCUUAAUCGGUACCUCAGGUUUUCGAACCCUUGACCUCGUCAAACGGUGUGCCGAAUUCGGUAUCAUACUCCGUACAGGAUUUCACGGAAAAGGAUAUGCGCAGGAAAUCAUGUUGGUGUUGUUUACCUACGGGUUCGAAGAUCUUGGGUUAGAAAAAAUCGAGAUCGUCACAUCGCAACGUAAUAUUCCGAUGCGCCGCUGUCUUGAAAGAUUAAGCAUACGAGAAAUCGGCGUGAUGCAAUGGGAUGAUCCGGGACCAAUGGGUGAUGAGGUAGCGUUUGGAUAUGCAGUACUUCUAUCGGAUUGGAACGAUCUUAAAUUAAGGCUACGUGGAAAGAUCGAGGGGCGGUAG